AUGAUGCCGUACGGCGACAUGUACGACAUGUCGAGCUGCUUAAGUACGUAUGAAGGAUCUGGCGUCAACGUCAAGCGGGCCCAUAUCAGGACCAACCGUCGUCGAUCUCAAAGCGUGUUGCUAGGUGACGACCCAUUUGCGGACCCUCUUGUUAGCAGGCCCGCUGAUGAAGAACCCCAAGAUUGUAGAUUUGGAGCCCUGCAAGGAACUGGCAGACGAUUUGUGGUUGAUACGGCUAAAGCCGGGCAGGACGCGUGCAGUCAAAUGAUAGGUCUCGGCGAAAUGACGCUAGGUCAGAUCGGUCCAUUAGGGCGACAGCCUGCAGACGGAUGCGCGCCUGGCAAUAAGACGUGUGCAGGUGCAGGUGCUAGCAGGGCUGUUGUACUGGGGAAUGCAUCUAGUCCACAGGGGAGACAUCUCACAGCGGCGAUUGCUAGUGCCGGCCUACCCCAGUAUGCCGCAUUGCAGCAUCUUGCAAGGCUCGACCUGGGCAGAGCUGGGUUCUUGGCCAUCGCUUCACGGCGUGUUUGUUGUGCAGGCUGCAGAAAGAGCGACGGGCGCGCGCAAACAAGCAACAACUUGGUCAAGGAACCGACCCAAGGGCAAGGUCCAGAAGGUGGACACGGACAAGGUCAACGGGCUGACGGGUACUUCCCUCGCGCAAUCCCAACGCGAUAG